GUCUACUGCACUGCCUCCCCGCCGCCGUUCCCUCCCUUCUUGCUGUCCAGUAUCCGCCACGCCCUAGUCAUCGGCUGCAUUUCCUUGCUUGCAGACGAAGAAAUCUCCAGCGCAGAGAGCAUUCGGGCAACUCGCCUUGAGGACAGGACCGAUUCGCUCUGAGCGUCGCCAUCAUCACCAUAUCACAGCAGCGGUACUGCGGCCGGGAACCGUAGAACAGCACCGAAGCAGUAGCGCACCAGAGGCAAACACGACGCACACGGAGCAAAACACCCACCCACCACCAUGGGCGCAGAGUUCAGCAGCGCCGUCAAAGACGCGCAGGAGGUGCCGCCCUUCCGACGCGAGGGCCCGCGCUACGACAUGUCAACCUUCGUGGGCCGGAUGCUGCACUUCUACAGCGUCAACGACCCGCGCACGCUGCUCUUCACGAACGAGGACGCGAAGUCGGCGGAGAGACUGCUCAAGCUGGCCAACAUCGGUGAAGCUCCCGAGGGCACCACGGACGCCGAACUGUGGCAUGCCCGGCGCGUGCUCGAGUCCGCCCUCCAUCCGGACACCGGGGAGCCGAUAUUUCCUCUCUUCCGAUUCUCGGCGUUCGUGCCCGUGAACAUGGUGAUCGUCACGGCAACCGUCACGCCGGCCGUUAUCUCGAGCUUCCCGGCGACGGCCUUCAUCCACUUCUUAAACCAGACGUACAACGCGGCCAUCAACUACGCCAACCGGAACGCGUCCAACCCGGUGCCCAGGGCGCGGCUCGUGGAAGGCUACGCGGGAGCGGUGAUCACGUCCCUGUCGAUAGGCAUGCUCUCGACCGCGCUCACGAAGAAGGUGGCUGCGCGUGCUGGCGGGGCGGGCGGGCCGGCGGCGGCGAUCAUUCGGUCCACGUUGCCGUUCCUGGCGGUGGCCGGCGCGGGAGCGAGCAACGUGCUGCUGAUGAGACGGAACGAGCUUACGACGGGGGUGGACGUGUUCGACGACGAGGGCAAGGAUUUGGGAAAGAGCGUCGAGGCUGGCAAGAUGGGGCUGAUGAAGUGCGCGGCGGCCCGGGUGAUCUGGAACGUUCCCGUCAUGAUGUUCCCGCCCAUUAUCAUGUCGCGCCUGGAGCGCCUGCGGCUGGUGUCUUCGAGCCCGCGACUUCGCAUGGCUUGCGAGACAGCGGUGGUGACCUCGUGCCUGUUGGCGGCCGUGUCGCCAGCGCUGGCAUUCUUCCCGCAGCGGGAUUCGCUCGCGGUAGAUUCGCUAGAGCCCAAGUUUUCGGGACUUUCGGAUUCCGCAGGGAAACCGGUGACCCGGGUAUGGUACAAUAAGGGUUUGUGAUUUUUUGGUCGAUUAUCUAGCAUGUUUCUCGGGGGAGAAUAUUUUUAGGAGGAUUAAUGUGGGUCAGAAGCCAGCCCUUCCUUACGGAGGGCUCUAGGCCACUGCUGUUUUGGAGUUUUCCGAGUUGUUUUUGCCUUGGGGGUGGGAUGGAUGGAUAGUAGUGAAUUGUUCAGCUUGUAUUCUGUCGCAAGCAUCGAGUUUGGUGAGUCAUGCUCUCGGAUGUUGGCCCCGAGGCGAGAUAGAUGAGAAUUAGUUGUUCUAAAUAGUUUGACUGUCGCAGGUACCAGACCGGUGCAACACGCGCUCGGAUGUUGUGUCCACAUCUAGUUCUGUGGAGAAACAUAAACGAGCGUUGGAUUUUUAGUUUGACCAUUGGUUCUGAGUGUUGAACAAGUGUUCUUCGGCGUUUUUCGUGGUGUUUUCAGUGAGAUUGACGAAUCUGGUGACUCGUGGACUUUUUUUCGUGGGUUUUUCGCGUUUGUCGGCAAGUAGCAUCGUGUGUGCCCAGCUGGGCAGCACAGCUGGAGCAGCAUACUUCGGUUCUGUGUAGCAUUUUUUUUGCAGUAGCUCCUUUCGUGGAUUAGGACGCAAGAGAUUCCUGCUCAAGGCCGACGUCCUUUUUGUGCUGUUUUUAUGGGUCUGUAACGGUGACUGCGCGACGGGCAUGUUAAGUUUCGUGGCUGGACGUACAAAACAAGGCGAGAGCCUCGGUUUGUACGUGACGCUCCCGCUGUUUUUUUUUCGUCUUGGUUUGAGCGGUGGGUAUUUUCUGCGGUUUCGCAGGCAGGUGCACAUCUCUUGAGAGUGCGACUCUUUCCCCUUCAUGUGCGAGAAACUCUGAGGUGUAGUUUUGGAUGUUUCUGUGGAACAUUGUGUGCGUUGACGAGACCGUCGAUAGGACUACUACCACCGCUGCUUGCCGCCAUUGGCAGCAGUGAGUACAUAGGAAGGAAGGAAGGCAUCGCAUCGCAUCGAGCUGUGAAGCCCACCUCCUUUUGGGAGUGGAACACUUGAUCAAAAUUUUCAAAAAAUUGUGAUGAAUUACUGUGAGGGGCACACCCGCCUGUUUUGACGCCUCCCAUAUGCGAUAGGUAUACAGUUGGCGCCCGCAGUUAAGAAACGCUUAUUUCAGGUCCAGCCUCGAAUUCUUAUUGUGGGCUAUAUACUCAGCGUAUGUCGUUCAGUUUCAUAUUCCAAGUUUCUUAUUUGCUCGUGCAGCCAAAUCCUGCUGAAUUUCUUAAAUCGGCAAUUUCUUAUUUCUCUGCUUCCAUACUACAC